UUUCCUCCCUCGUCUUUAUCUCAACAGUCAAAAAAAAUUCUCUGUGCUCAGUAAACCCUAGUUAUUCAGCUUCAAAAAUUUCAGCAUCAAUGAUGUCUUCCAAUCUCACGCGCCACCGUCGAUCCCGACAGCUCGAGCUCCACUUGGAGCGCCUCUACCAGUCCGUCUUCCCGAGCGUCGUAGCACUGGAGACACACUUCACCGGCCGUGAAAAUCGGGAUCUCGACCGUCAUGUCUUCCACGAUACCGGCGUUUUCGUCGAUCCGACCACCAUCGUCACCUCCGCGAAAGUCGUCGGACGUGUCUUCGCCGACAAACCGGCCGCCGACGGAUCCGGCCUCCACAAGGCCUACCUCGCCCACACCAUCGUCAUCGCCCGCGACAGAAAGCCGGUGAAGACGAAGCCCUCGGCCGUGAGCUUCAGCCACGACGUCGCCGUGCUGAAGGUGGCGCCGCCGCCGGAGGGGGAGGAGGAGCAGAUCUCGUACCCUCACUGCACGAUCGCGAGUUCCCCGCCGAGCGAGGGCCACGUUCUGUUGGCCAUCGUGCACAUGUUCAACAUGCAGUUCGGAAUGAUGCCCGGACACGUGAGGGCGGUGGGAGAAAAAACGUUCAAGGCCAAAGCGCCGUGGCCGCUGGACAACAAAUCCGGGUGGAUGGAGUUCGACAACACUCAGUUCAACGGCGGAUUUCCCCGGCCGUGGAGCGAUCUGUACAAAAGCGAAGAGGAGAUUGUUGGUAGGAGGUCGGGUAUAACCGGGAGCCCACUGUUCAACAUCGACGGCGAGUUGGUCGGACUUGGGUCGUGGGAUGUGGCGGAGGAGGGUUCUUCACAUCCGGUGGGUUUCGCCGCCUCUCUCUUGCCGAUCAUGGUGGCGGUGGAGUACGCAAAGAACAAGAAACCCGGCGACCCCAUUGUUAUGGAUAACUGGAUCGAUCAAGAUUGCUAUCCUGAUGAUUCUGUUAGGAUUCUUCCAUUCCCCUCUAGGUGAAUUGUUAUUAUUUUUAUUCGGAAAAUAUGCAGGUGAAAUGACUAUGUUACCCUUUUGUUUAUCAUGUCCAAUGUUUUAAUUAUCUUUUGGAAACAAAGACUACCUUUUGUCAGUUAUGGCGUUGAUUAGAUUAAUGUUUAUUUUAAUGGUGCUUAUAUAUAUUAUAUAUAUAUGUCAUCAAGUUA